UAGGAGCUCUGCUCGGAGCUGCCGCUCACACAGCCAACCAGGGGACAAUCGGGCAUCCAAGCUUUAGGGCAGCGAGAAGGCAGAGAGGGACCUUCGGACUGGAGAACUGAUUCACUGCAGGAGAGAAGAAAAUCUCGGGGCAAAGAAUUCCACCUGGAAGAACACGGUUCCUCAAACCGAGAGCCACACCCCCUGAGGCUGAAGGGAAGCCGUUUGGAGAAUAUCCCCAAAAGCCGAAGCCCGCUUCUCCGGAAACCUGCUCUCUUGCUGAGCAGUGCAAUAGCUGUGGUAAACUGAAGCCUCACCAACAUCCUCCUGCUGGAUUCUGGAGACUGACAGUGACGACUUGCCCGAUGGGGAACAAGCUGUAUUUUCCACCCUGCGUCUGACUAAGCCCGGCCUCUUCCCCGCUUGGAUAUUGGAUUGCAACUUUUCAUAGGAACUCACAGUUGGCUUCAGGCCACUGAGCAGGUCAAACCUAGCCAGGGCGGUGGUUGCAAACACACCUUUAUUGCAAGCUGAAGGAACCACUGACUUUCCUGACUCCGGCGGAGGAGGAUGGAGUGCAAGAAGUGGCGGCGGGACACCGAGGCUCCGCUGGGGAUAGCCGUGUUCUUCUCGAUCUUGGUCACAGCCGGUGGCCUGCGGUGCUACCAGUGCAUGGGGAUGUUCCACGAAUGCGUCCAGACGGAGCAGCAGUGUACGACCAAGGACCGCUCCUGCUUUUCGUCCACCAUCAAACUUUUCGAUUCAAACAACGACGGUGGGGUCUUCAUGCUACCUGACCUGGAAUUGGCAGAAUAUGUGAUGAAAGGCUGUUCAGGGGAAGGCGUGGCCAACCACACGGCCAACGUGUACUCGGAAGACGAACGGGAGGUACACAAGGCAUACUACUGUGACUCGGACCUUUGCAACACACACUUCACAGACACACCCGUCGGCAGUCCCCCGGUGGCCAACGGCAUGGAGUGUUACAGCUGCUAUGACCGUGGCACAGGGGAGUGUGCCCAGGAGAAUGCCACCCGGGUCCCUUGCGUGGGCGACAUGAACCAAUGCAUGGAUUUUUCAGUGAUCAACGGCGCUCAGAAAAUAACCUACCGAACGUGUGCCCUGGAGACGCUGUGCCGCCGGCAAUACGUGGUCCCCGAGCUCUCCGGCAGGGUGGAGAUCAGCUGCUGCUCCACCCCUUUGUGUAACGACGGCCGGCCCGGCCUCAAGGGUAUCUGCAGCCACUUUUCGGAACAAGGAGUCAAGCGGAGACGUGAGAACGGGUUGGAAUGCGCCAGCUGCUGCGAUAUGGGGCAUGGCGAGUGUGCCUCAGGGAACUGGACUCGCGUCAAGUGUGUUGGGAACCAGGACGUGUGUGUGAAUGUCACAGAGAGCGGCCAGACGCUGUUGCGCGGCUGCAGCUUGAAGAGGCUCUGCUGGGAGAAGCCGCAGCUGCUGGGCCUGAGCCGGAACGCCUCCAUCCACUGCUGCGCCGACUCCCUCUGCAAUGGCAGCGUGGCGCCAGGGGGAGGCGCUGUGCUGACACACCUGCUGCUGUCGAGUGCCUUGCUGAUCGCAUGUCUGCUCUGAUGUACACGCGAGGGUACGCAGCCUCCGAGGAAAGGGGGACAUGGCAACAAGCCUCGGACUCGCAGGGCAUGCAUGCGGCCCAUUCUAGCAGGUGGCACCUUCCGGGACCCUUCAGACAUUGCUCACAUCUGCCACGGGUCGCAUGCACUGUUGCGUUGCGACAUCUAAUCCAUGUUCACCACGGUGUCCCCCAAGGAGUUCUACACUAAAAUCGAAUUCAACCUUUUAAAAUCCAGGUUUUUCUCCCCAUUCUGCACUAACAUCGAGUCCAACCUUCUUUUUAUGCUGGGGUUUCCCCCGCCUGUUUUGCAUUGCAUUACCUCCCUUCAGGAUUCAGCCCAGUUUCAGCCUGCUGCGAAUCUGGGUUAUUUGGAUGCUG